AUGAGCAACACUGGGACUAUCAGCCCAGUCCUACUCAUUGCAGUUGGAGGUGCAUCUUGUUCGGGAAAAUCCACCUUCACAAACUGGCUUGCUGAGGUUUUUGAAGCUAGAGUAAUUCAUCAAGAUCAAUUCUACAAGGCAGACUGUGAUAUACCAGUUACCGAUGGAGUAGCCAACUGGGAUUGUAUUGAAGCAAUCGAUAUGCCCAACUUCAUUUGUGCUCUUCAAAAAGCGAAAUCCGAAACUGGAUUCCAAAGCAUUUUGGGCAGUAAUCGACCCAAAAUGAAUAGUGCAGAGGUAUCAACAGUAGUAUAUGAGGAGCUACGCUCACUGGCAAACACAACCAAGGGAAAAUGCAGGCUUGUAUUUGUAGAUGGUUUUUUACUCUUUACAGAUCCUCAAGUGAUUGCCGAAUUCGAUGCAGGGUUUUUUUUAAAAGCAUCCUUCAACACACUUGUGGAACGUAGAAAUAGGCGCGAGCCAUAUAUUACUAUAGAAGGCUCAUGGGUAGAUCCACCAGGUUACUUUGAGGAUUUGGUAUGGCCAGCAUAUCUUGAAAAUAAUCGCAUGAUUUUAAACGGUACAAUUUCUACGCAUUGUCCACAGUUUGUAGAGUCCUUAUGCUUGCUGGACACCAAUGACUCGUCUAUCGAAGCCAAUCUGACCUCGUCUGUGCAACUCGUGUGUCGUUGGAUUCAAAAACGCGUUCAUAUUCACCAAUUUCGCGACCACUCUCGAAGGAUAAAAGUUAUUCUAAUUUCUUCUGUAUUAAGUCUUGUAUAUCUUUUAUACUGGGGGUUUGCUUUAAAUGAUGAAACCAACCUGCUGUCCAAAGAGUCGUCUCACUUGUUUACCCAUAUCUUUACAAAACUUUCCAUGUACACAGCUAAACCACCUGUUGCUAAAAUUCAGCCUGUUGCCACUGUAUUGCACAAUGUGUCUAUUAUUGACAACUAUGCGUGGCUCCGAUGGAUUGAUGCUGACCCUGAUGUUCGUCAAUAUCUGUUAAAGGAAAAUAUCUACGCUGAAAAAUAUCUAGAAACCCUUGUGCCUUUACAAAAAACAUUGAUUGCAGAGUUGAAGGAUGCACCGCAACAACCAGCUCAACGCAACAGGUGUCUUCCACAAGAUGAAAAUAUGACUUCUUUUUGGGAGCAUCAAUCCUAUCUAUAUUGGAUUACUUAUGCUGAUAAUAAGUCACAUCCGAUAUAUAAAAGACGCAGUAUAAGUUCCUCUUUUGACUGCACAUUUCAGAAUAAUGUUACAUCUGAAACUCAGUAUCAACCGGAAGAAAUGGUUCUUGAUUUCAACACCAUACUCUCCAAAGAUACACAAUAUUACUACAUUGGCGCGUUUGAAGUAAACCCGUUUAUGCCAAACUUGGUUGCAUACUCUAUUGAUCUUGCUGGAUCUGAGCGAUAUACUUUGAGAGUUCGUGACAUUCACAAAGGAGUCAAUCUCGAUAUUCCAGCAAUUGAAAACACGUAUUACUCGGUUCGUUGGGCACAUGAUUCUACUACAGACGCUGCAUCACACUGGCUUUAUUUUAAUACUGUUGAUCAACAAUAUGGAACACCAAUGGAGAUUCAUCGAGUAUGUAUAUGGAACUGCAUAGAUCAAUUUGGGCUCAUAAUAGGAACUGUUCCAGAGAUUGUAUAUAUAGAAUCCGACAUUUCCUUUACAACAGAACUAGCAAGCUCUACGGAUGACUCUCUUAUUUUUGUCAAGGUUGUAGGCCAGGAAACAACAGAACUCCAUCUUAUCAUAAGCCAUUUAAACACAUGGAAAUUAAAAUGCAUUUUUCCUCGACAGGCUGGAAUAACUUACGAGGCUGAUCGUUAUGGAGAGGAUUUGAUCAUUCGAACAAAUUCCGAAAACAGUCCUAAUUUUCGAGUUAUUCGAAUCGCUCUGCUUACAUUUCAAGGGGACAGAACAGAAACCAUAACAGUGGAUACACUAUUAUAUCAUUCAACUUUGCGAUUUAUUGAAAAAGUAGAAGCAUUUACUUCACAUAUGGUGGUUUGGUUUUGGGAGGACGGACUAAGACAGCUGUGCAUUACUGACCUGCAGACUGAUCCAUACGCGUGCCAUCAGAUACAAUUCCAUUUGCAUGAUCAGCCGAGUACUCAAGUCUAUUCAUUGCUUCCUGGAACUAUUUCAGACAUUGAAGCACGGCUGUUCCGUCGUCACGAUGCAUCGUAUUUUUUGUUUACCCAAUCUUCAUUACUUGAGCCAUCCACUGUGUUUUACAUUGAUUUUUCCAAACCUAUGCCAACUUCUAUAUAUCGCUCUUCGGCUCCUAAAAUCCAACAAGAUCGGUACGUUCAACUACGUCUUUGGAUCUCCAUACCUCAACCAGGGCAAGCACCGCUUCGAAUGCCUCUAUCUUUAUUUUACCGGAAAGAUUCCAACAACAUAGAGCCUAUUCAGCCACGACCGACACUCUUGUUGGCAUAUGGUGCAUAUGGAAGCUUCCAUGAAACUGGGUUUUCAGAAGAUUUUUUUCCUUUGGUGGAUCGUGGAGUAUUAAUUGCCAUCUGUCAUCCGCGUGGGGAUGGUGAUAUGGGCUCUCAAUGGUACAAAGACGGCAAGUACGAAGCAAAAAUCAACACCAUGUCAGAUACACGUAAAUGUAUACAAGAGCUUGUAAAGCUGGGAUAUUCCAAACCAGGCGCAAUUGCUUUAAAGGCCCGUAGUGCUGGGGGUUUAAUUGCUGGAAGCGCCAUCUCAUGGAUUUGGGAAGACCAAACACCCAUGGUAAAUGCGAUUGUAGCUCAAGUUCCAUUUGUAGAUCCUAUUUUUGAUAUGUUGGAUGAAUCUGUUCCUUGGACAGCGUUUGAAUGGUUUGAAUGGGGAUCUCCUAAAAACUACACCAUUUUUAAAGCCAUGAUGCAGUAUUCUCCAUAUUUAAAUAUAAAAAGCGGGAACCAUCCUGCAGUUAUGGUAACAGCCGGUAUGGAGGAUCCACGAGUACCGUUUUGGGAGCCUGCCAAGUUUGUGGCAAAGCUCCGGACUUACAAAACCAACGAAAUUUCUAUCGGGAGCAACUAUUUGACUAGUGAAGCAACACCUUUACUUUUUCGUGUUUAUUCAACUGGCCAUUUUUCAUCUAUGGAUGAGGAUGCACGAAUUAAAGAACUGACCGAAUGGUACUCAUUUUUAUUGUGCCAAAUCCUUUAA